UAGUUAUUUCACAAUGCUAAGUAUUAGCAUAAGAAGCUGCUUUGUCUGUCGCCGGGUCUGAAUUAUCUGAAGUUUCUUGCCCUAGUUUGUGUUCAGUUAAGCAUUUAUAGCUUAUGAAAAACAGCUUGAUUCAGUAAACAACACUUCACCUGUCAACAUGGUGAAUGUACACAAAGGUGUCCUUGUUGAAUGUGAUCCUGCCAUGAAGCAGUUCCUCCUCCACCUGGAUGAAACCAUGGCUCUGGGAAAGAAGUUCAUCAUUAAGGAUCUUGACGAUACACACCUUUUCAUCCUGGCAGAGGUGGUUCAGACUCUGCAGGAGAGAGUUGGAGAGUUAAUGGACCAAAAUUCAUUCCCUAUCACACAAAAAUAACCUCUUUUUCUAAGGACUUUUUUUUUGUUUGUUUUGGACAGCUUUGGUAUGUUUUGUUGUUAAUUGCAGCUGCUAAUUAAAAGUAAUAUWUUUAUGCUUAAAACAAAACUAGGAAUAAAAAUGCUUUAACACCUGG